AUGGUCCCCCUCCCGUCCCCGUUCGGCCAGAUCCCCCGCUACCCACUCCUGUACCCGACCCCCUCGCCCAUCCACCCCCUCCCAGCCCUAACCCGCCUCCUCACUUCGUCCCCCGCCCAGCCAUCUCCCCGCAUCACCCUCUACGCCAAACGCGAAGACCAAGCCUGUCCCCUCGCCUCCUCGGGCAACAAAUACCGCAAACUCGAAUACCUUAUUCCCGAUAUUCUCUCCCCGGCCCCGAAAUACGGCACUCUCGCUCCGGGUCCGAAUCACGGCACCCUCAUACCACCCCUCCCACCAACAGGAACUACACCUCCACCCCCAGCGAGGAAACCAACCACCCUCGUCACCGAAGGCGCCCUCCAAAGCAACCACACCAUCCAAGUCGCCAGCAUCGCCAACCACUUGUCCCUGGACUCCGUCCUCCUCCUCCACCAAGCCACGGGCGGGGGCUACCAGGCCUCCACCAACAAAGACCUCUUCUCCACCACCGGCAACGUCGAACUCGCCAAACUCCUCGGAGCGGAUAUCCGCAUCCUAGAUACCUCGAUAGUCUCCAAAUCCUCCCCCACACCCACAUCCUCCCCACCCAAUCCCAAUACCGAAAAUGAAACCCAAGACAAAGAAAAAGAUCAAGUCCACACAAUCUUCACCACCCUCCAAACCACCCCCAACCGAGCCCCCUACUGGAUCCCCUCCGGCGCCAGUCUCCAUCCCCUCGGCGGACUAGGCUACGCGCGCUGCGCAUUCGAAAUCGCAGAACAGGAGAAAUCUCUCCCCCGAUCCCUUACACACCAUAAAUCCCCCCGAUUCGACUACAUCUUCAUCGCCUGCGGCAGCGGCAGCACCCUAGGUGGUCUAAUCGCAGGAAUGAAACUCCUCCACCGAGAAGAAGAACACCACCACCACCACCACCACCAACCCCAUCCCCAUCCUCUCCCCCCCCGCAAAAUCAUCGGCAUCAUCACAUCCCCCACCCUCCCGCGCGCCCACCACGAGGCCCGCAUUCUCAACUUCGCACGCCAAGCCGCAACACUCAUUGGCCUUGAUCCCGAACACGUCAUCACGGAGGAAGAUAUCUGUCUCGAUGAGCGGUUCGCGGGCACGGCGUAUGGGGAACUUGAUGAAGCGACACGGGAUAUGCUGGGGGAGAUGGCGCGGGAGGAGGCGGUGGUGUUGGAUCCGGUGUAUACGGGGAAGGUGGUUAGGGGGAUGAGGCAUUGGGUAAGGGAGGGGGAGGUAGCCAAAGAUUGGGUGGCGAGGGGCGGUGAGCCGGGGGGAGAGGUGAAUGUCUUGUUUGUGCAUACCGGGGGACAGGCGGCGUUGAGUGCGUAUGCGGAUGUGAUGUAG